UGAAAACCCGUUUGCGCUGAAAUGUGACGCAAUCAGUAAGCGACGGCAAACUAAUGAGAUGGAUUGUUUGAUCACAGAAGUGAGAGUUGUUUGUUAUCGCUGAAGCUUGUUUGACGAUUGCAGAAAUGUGCUUCUUCCUUGGCUUGUAAGGUGUAACCCCUGAGAAGGAUCUCCAUUCUCCACCCUCUGAGACUUCAGUCUGAAACUGUCAACUACCUGGCCAGCCAGGGUGCAGCUCUAGUCCAGGGUCCUUAUCCACCCACAACUCAGGCAGAGAGUCCAUCUACUGGAGAGCUCCCUGGUUCAGUGCCCCUGAGGGCUGGGACCAGCACUCUGGGCCAGAAGCAGCUGUGAAGGGAUGGGGUAGUAGCUGAGGACAGAGCCAUGGUUCAUAACGUCUCAGUCCCCCAAACACCACCGCCGGCACUGGUGGGCACCAAUGGCCGCUCCUCUGGUAGGAAGAGGACACCCAAGGCAUGUGACUGCUGUGGGCCAAACUCUAAGCACCACAAUGGGAAGGACCCACAUGGGAAGACUCCGGGUGGCAAGCCCAGACAACGCAGGGCCCAGCCGGGGAAGGGCAGGGGCCAGGCACUGGGGGAGACCCCCAAGAGGAUGGGUGGUCACCACUCUUCUGAGAAGACCCUGAUGACAGAGGAGCAGGUAACAGCCAUCCAAGAGGAGCUGGAGAAAGACUCAGUUGUGGAGGAGGUAACCAACUCCUUGGCUCCACCUGUAACCAACUCUGUCGGUCAACCUGUAAUGAAUGUUGUGGCUCAACUUGUAACCAACUCUGUCGGUCAACCUCAACCUUUAACAGACUAUAUGGGUCAACCCUUAAUGAACUCUAUGGGUCAGAAGUUAACGUACACUGUGGUUAAACUGGUGACCAAGUCUGUGGUUCAACCGGUAACAACUGCUAUGGUUCAACCGGUAACAUACUCUGUGGAUCAACCUAUAAUGAAGGCUGUGGUUGAGCAUGUUCCUGAUUCAGAGAUGGAGCAGGAGAAUGGUUGUGAAGGGGCUGUGUGCGAGGGGGAGCAGGCCCCUGGUCUGGAGAUGGAGCAGGAGAAUGGUUGUGGUUUAGACAAACAGCCGGUAACUGACUCUAACACGGAGGUCAUGAAGCAGCCCCGGACUGGUGACGCAGCUGUCUCCCUUUCCAACGGUACAUCUGCUGUGCUCAACGAGGAACCAACAGACUGUAGCGCCCCUAUGGAGGUGGAACCAUCAGCCACAGCCUGUGUUUCCCCAGGCAUUAUGUUAUGCAGCACCCUCCACCCCUUCGCUCUGUGGGACCACAGAGAUUACUGUGAGGUGGGAGUGUGGGCUCCAAGCCAUGAGCCAGAAGAGGACUGUGUCUCAGACACAGCACAGCAACCCAACUCUGAAGACAUCCAUGAAGUAAUCAUAGACCUUAUCCAUGAGUUCCUGGCGUUCUUCUAUGUGAAGUACGGGAGCUUUAUCCCCCUCAGUGAGACUGACGUUCUGGAGCAUCUGAAGAACAAGUGUAGCACUGUCCUCCAUGACAAGAAGCUAAACAUCCACUCAGAAAUGAUGAAGUACAAAGCGGCUCUCGUCUCCACCCCUAUGAAGUGCUUCAAAGUGGACUACAACAAGCACACUCUGACCCUGGAGGACCUGUCCACACUGGAUGACCAAAACUGGGUCAACGACCAGGUGAUAAACAUGUAUGGAGAAUUGAUCAUGGAGGCUACACAGAACAAGGUUCAUUUCUUCAACAGCUUUUUCCACAGGCAGCUGGUGGCCAAAGGCUACGAAGGGGUUAAGAGAUGGACCAAAAAGGUGGAUCUGUUUUCCAAGAGGCUGUUGUUGAUUCCUAUCCACCUGGAGAUCCACUGGUCCCUGAUCACAGUGGACAUAGCCAGCCACCACAUCCACUAUUAUGACUCCCAGGGCAUCGUCUUCAAAUACACCAUGGAGAACAUUCUGAGUUACAUCCUGGCUGAGGCCGAGGAGAAGAAACAAGCUGGGUAUCAGAAAGGCUGGAAGAUGACUAUAAACAAGGGUAUUCCUCAACAGAAGAACGACAGUGACUGUGGAGUCUUCAUUUUGGAGUACUGCAAGUGCCUGGCAUUAAAAGAGCCGCUGCAGUUUACACAGGAUGACAUGCCCAAAGUCCGCAAGAGGAUUUACAAAGAGCUCUGUGACUGUAAACUGAAUGACUGAUCAACCGCAGUGGCACAGCCCAGAGAGUACACCUGCCUUUCCACUGGACCAUGGGCUUAACGACUGUUUGACCCUUAUUGUGGAAGGGACAUUAAUACUUUAAAACAUGACGAGCCAAGAAGCUGAAUGAAGUGCAGUGGAAACAGGACACUUUGUUUGACUAACGACAGAGAUGGUGAAAGCAACCAUCUGUCCUUCAGUGGAGGGCCAGCGGUGCAUAGUUGGACUUGUUUUUAUACCUUGAUAAUGAGAGGGACUUUUGAGUUGACGUCCACAAAGUUUCCACUGCUGACUGGCUGACCUGGAGCGAACACUGCUGGUAUGUUUCAGAGGCCGGUAAUGGACCUAUCGGUGUUUAUAACACGUAUCCUAGCUUCAGUUCUUGAAAUGUAAACAGGAGAUUAUAUGGGACAGUAGGUGAAACUUGAAGGUUAUUGUUUUAUAUCAUGUAGUGUUUGCCUGACUAGUGAGGUAGAGAACAAUAACUCAUCGAAGGCUAGCUUUUAACUGAAUAUACUGUUUUAAUGUUACUUAAUCUCAAACCGCUUCUUAGUUCUUGAAACUCCACGUUUGGCAUCACAAACUAGCAGUUUAUCAGAGAGUUAGUUAUGAUUAACCAUGAUGCUCCACUGAGAAUGGCUUCAAGACAACACACACCUCUUCCUGCUUCUGUUGAAAAUAAUAAGUGUAUCUUGACAUUUUAGUGUACUGAGGAAGAAUUUAACGCUACUGCUGUAGAACAGUUUCUAAGCCUUUUAUUGUAUGAGGGCCCGGCCCGCUUUGGUUAUCUUCCUCAUUGGAGGAUCACCAAUCACUUAGGUGGUGUCAGUCACCCAUCUGAGGGUGCUGGUCCACAGACAGGUUGUAGUUGAGAAAAUGCUGCUGUAGAAAUAGCUGAAUCCCAUCUAUACUGUCUGUCAUUAAUGCACAUUUGAGCCCAGUGUAUACCUGGUGCUAACAUGUGCCUUUUGUGCUGUUAUCCACAUUCUGAUUGUGCCCACAUUUUUAAGACAGGUGUAGACGAUUAAAGUGUCUGGAUAUCAA